AUGUCUGUCUCAGAUGAGCCGAUGUCAUUCGAGCUUGUGAGCAAGCUCGUCAACAAUGGAGAGCUUGAUAAACUAUCAAGAUCGCCAGAGGUGAUGGAUAAGUACAAUGCCCACAAACAGUAUUUUAGAGAUAAAGGAAUAGAUAUGGUGACAUAUAUUCUUUCGCACGAAUUGCAUUGGGUCCCAGAAGAUACACCUCUGGACACUCCUUCACACGAGCUGCUGGAGACUGUUGUGAAACCGGUGGACAAACGCCCAUUUGCCAAUGCCAAGGAUAUGACCAUAAUUCAAAAUUCGUAUCCUUAUCAUUUAGAAUCUGGCAUUGAGCACCUUUGUGUAUGGGUGAAAUUUCCUCUGCCACCGGAUCCCAACUCUGCAAUCGGGGACAUAUCACCCAAGGAUAAAAACUUGAUAGAGAAGUACAUCAACGAGACAUUUUGCAACUGGCUGAACAUACCUAGAGAUCACAUUGCAUGGUUCAAAAAUUGGGCGAAAUUACAAAGCGUGAAGUCUGUUCCCCAUAUCCACGUCAUUAUAAAGGACAUGGAUCGACAGGCACUGGAUAGAGUAUUACAUACGGGCGGGAAGGCUAUAAAUUAUGGAAGCGAUGACUGUAAACUAUAA